UGGCCAGUGUUGCAUAUUCCGUCACAGAGCUCGGAGAUGACAGUAUGGAAUCAAUGCAAGAGACAUUGUUACAGACUUGACUCCAGACGACGCUUAUACUGCACUUCGAUCAUGGCUCGUCGCUGGAAAUCUCUCAUCGUGCUGUGCUGCCUGUUAGCGUCAACUGUAUUCAUACUAUGGGAAACGUCACAUGUACGGUCACCGAGGCACAGCAUGAAAGCCAUGCACGAGCCUCAAGUUUACAGCAUGCAGCAGCAGCUCACAGUGCAUUCUGGGAAAAUGAGGGAAAAACAAACCUCAGGAAAUAUUAUUUAUGAACAGCCAGAAAAUGAAAAAAUAACAGGGAAUGAAAAAUAUGAUGAGAGGAACAGAAUUGUGGAACUACCAAAAACAGACAUUAAGGAGAAUGAAAGGAACGAGUUAAACAGUGAUAUGCCAAAAAAAGCAUCUCGCCUUGUGGAAAAUAUUAAAAAAGAGCUUUUUGAACGAAAACCGCCCAAUAAGCAUAUUGAAGUUCCCGAGGAUUAUGAUGAUGUGGAGGAAAGUGAGGAAGCGGCAAGGGAGGAAAAUAGAGAUGAAAAUAACAAUGGUGACGAAGAGAGGAUGGAAGAAAGUGAACACAAUGAUGGCGGAAAUGCAGAAUCGAAAGAUAAUGUGCCAGUUAGAGAUGAAAUAGUUGAGGAGACGCAUGAUGGAGAUGCAAAAGAGAAUAACAUUGAUGUUGCCUUGGAGAUGGAUGAGAAUGGUAACCACAGAGAGAUCGAGACCUUUUUCACGCAAGUUGAGAGCACUUUUGGAGAUGUUGUGUUAUUUGAGGAUCCUGAACUUGGUAUUCAAGACGCAAUUCCUGUGAAGUCAUUCCUUCAGGCAAAUGAAGAUUUUUUACCGUUGUGUGAUCACUUUGGUCGUGCAUUUGGAAAAGCAAGGAGUGACUUGGUGCUGAACUUUGAAAGAAUCAGAACUCGAUAUAAUGAAAAUCCAGAAUUAUACACCAAUUUGCAACGUCUUAUUAACGUUGAGUUUGAAAUGAAAGAAGACGAUCAAGUUGCUACAAAAGGGAUCAGAUUCCUGAAAAGAUCAAUGGAAUUUCUGUAUCAAUUGAUGAAAUAUAUAGAAUCUGGUAUAGAAUUACAUGAAGCGGCAAAUAGGGCUUAUGACGAAACUCUGCUUCCCUAUCAUAAUUGGUUCGUCCAGAAAAUUUUCAGGGUCGGUUUUAUUGCUUUGGUGAAUCGCAGAAAUUUCUUAGACAGCUUGGCCGUCAAUUCCAAGGACAAUGAAGAUCCUCAUUAUGAUGAACUUCUUUUUAAACAAAUGGACAAAUAUUUGUUGGAUAUCAAGACCAUACUUGAUAUUUUAAGGAAAUACUUUGAAGAUUACCACAUUGAAACAUAGUUGUACUCUGGUGACCUUGCCCUUUGUUAUAUAAUAUUAUUCUCUUAUCAUAGUUUGUUUCAAUAUGAAAAUUCAUUGUCAUAAUUAA